CAGCCUUUUUUUGUCAAGUGGGAACCCUCACAGUUGUAACUGAGCUUUGAGUGUUGACUCGUACUUCUUUGCAAGAGAGAGACAACUAUUUGUUGCCACAGUUUUUUUCUUUUCAAAGCAACAACCAGUCGGCAACAGUGAUUGCCGGCGGAAACAUAUUUGCAUCAAGAAUCGCCACUGUUUAAAUCAGCACAUGAAACCCAUGCCAUAAAUAGCACCCACCGACUCCUCCGUCCAUCUAUCUCCAAUCAAAACUCCCCACGCAACUCAUCAAAUCAAAACAAAGGAUUAAAUUUUCAGCUAUAAAAUACUCCCGCAACCCCAGCCCUAUACCGUCCAAUUUUAUGCCACAUGCUUAUAUUCUCUCACCCUAAAUUUCUUUAUAUAAUUAAGUAAAUCAUUCUAGUAACUGUUGGUUUUCCUUACUUUUUCAACUGGAGUGUGUACUGCGGAUAAGUUUUUUUCAUCUUCAGAUCAAGUUCGUAGGAAGGUAACAAUGCCGGAAACUCAAUCUCAAGGGACCCCAACGCUCUUCUCUCCUUACAAGAUGGGCAAGUUCAACCUUUCUCACAGGGUGGUGCUGGCGCCGAUGACUAGAUGCAGGGCGUUGAAUGGAAUCCCAAGGCCAGCGCUCGCUGAAUAUUACACGCAGAGGUCGACUCCCGGCGGCUCUCUAAUCACCGAAGGGACACUGGUGUCCGACACUGCAGCUGGUUUCCCUCAUGUUCCUGGGAUCUACAAUGACCAACAGGUGGAGGCAUGGAAGAAGAUUGUGGAUGCUGUUCAUGCAAAAGGAAGCAUCAUUUUUUGCCAACUCUGGCACGUUGGCCGUGCUUCACAUUCUCUGUAUCAACCUGGUGGGGCGGCACCCAUAUCGUCAACAAGCAAGCCUCUCUCCAACAGGUGGAGAAUUUUGAUGCCAGAUGGGAGCUAUGGCAUAUAUCCUAAACCUAGAGCUCUACAAAUCUCGGAAAUACCAGAGGUUGUCCAACACUACCGCACGGCAGCUUUGAAUGCCAUUCGAGCCGGUUUUGAUGGAAUUGAGAUUCAUGGAGCGCAUGGAUAUCUCAUCGACCAAUUUUUAAAAGACGGGAUCAAUGAUCGCAGAGAUGAGUACGGUGGAUCACUGGCAAACCGAUGUAAAUUCUUAAUGCAAAUCGUUGGAUCCGUAGCCGAAGCUGUAGGUGCAGAUAGAAUCGCAGUCCGAAUUUCUCCCGCAAUUGAUCACCUCGACGCCACUGACUCUAAUCCGCUCAACCUAGGCUUAGCCGUGAUAGAGAGGCUUAAUGAGCUUCAGCUGAAAUUGGGGUCGAAACUCGCUUAUCUUCAUGUGACUCAGCCUCGUUAUCAUGCCUAUGGGCAAACUGAAUCAGGCAGGCACGGUAGUGAAGAUGAGGAAGCUCAUUUAAUGAGGACUUUGAAAAGGAGUUACGAGGGAACUUUCAUGUGCAGUGGUGGAUUCACAAGGGAGCUCGGGAUGCAAGCAGUGGCUGAGGGUGAUGCCGAUCUGGUAUCGUAUGGCCGUCUUUUUAUAUCGAAUCCAGACCUCGUUUUUAGGUUGAGGAUCAAUGCGCCAUUAAAUCGAUACAUUAGGAAGACAUUUUAUACGCAAGACCCUGUUGUGGGGUACACGGACUAUCCCUUCCUGGUAGUACAAUCACGACUUUGAUGUGCAAUGGCUGUGCUGUUGAAUAUAUGUUAAAAUUAUGUGUGAAAUAGGAGAGUCUAAUUUGAUAUCAAACCUGUGUCUUGGUUUUUGUACACAAUUCUGGGACUACCCUAAGCUCACCUGCUCAGAUGUAACCAAACAAAACUAUUAUAAAAUCCAUGGAAUGUAGUGGAAGAAAUGGUAAGUAGUCCGAGCCGGGACUUAUCUGUA